AUGGACCAGAAAAUAUCACGACGGUAUGAGCAUAUUGUCAACCUAAGAUAUCCUGAUCCACUAAUGCCUUUGAAUCCGGGUGGUUGUGAAGGCUAUUGGCAAUUCAGAAGCCAAGUGGAUGUGUGGACCUACAAUCUACUCUCCAAGUAUGGUGGUCCACAGGAAUGCAUGCAGCACUCACCGGAACUGCCAAAUGAAUUUCCUCUCUUGCAAAGCGAAGUGAUCUGUGUCUAUCCUCAUGCCGGUGAUUGUACCGCCUUAUUGUGUAACCUUACGGUAUCUGCAGAGGAAAACCCGCUGAGGUUUGUUGAAUAUGUAUAUACGUACUAUAUUUGCAAUAGUAACGUGAUUCCAGAAUUCAUAUUUCUUGGUCGUUUUCCCGGAUUGGAGCGCGUGACUCAAACUCAGAAAGCAGGUAGUCGUAACAGUACUCAGCGGGCUACGGAUAUAGUACCCAACGAUCUACGGACGCAGUACUGA